AGCAGCAGCUGGGCGGUCACAUCUGGGAAUGCAAAGCCGACCUCCCCCUCCUCCUCCUCCUCCCCCACCUCCUCCUCUCUCACCCGGGAUCACUUCCGAAACCACUUCGCCUUCAGCCCCUGCCUCGGCCAGAGGGAUUUAUUUAAUGGGGAUGUGUUCAAGGCAAGAGAGAAUUCAGAAGGAUAUCGACAUCGUGAUCCAGAAGUCCAGAGCCGAGAAAGACUGCCUGUUUGCAGAUUUCAGAUACUCAGACUCCACCUUUACUUUCACCUACGUUGGCGGCCCCAAAAGUGUGUCCUACUCAGUCCACGUCUCCGAAGAUUAUCCAGACAAUACAUAUGUGUCAAGUUCAGAAAAUGAUGAGGACGUACUAGUUACUACAGACCCAAUUCCUGUCAUUUUCCAUAGAAUAGCAACAGAAUUAAGAAAAACAAAUGAUAUUAACUGUUGUUUAUCCAUAAGAUCCAAACUACAAAAGGAAAAUGGGGAGGAGUCGCGGCAGAACAGCACGGUGGAGGAGGACUCCGAGGGCGACAAUGACUCUGAAGAGUUUUAUUACGGAGGGCAGGUGAACUAUGAUGGCGAACUCCAUAAGCAUCCUCAGCUGGAGGCUGAUUUGUCAGCAGUGAGAGAGAUCUAUGGACCACAUGCAGUUUCUCUCAGGGAAUAUGGAGCUAUUGAUGACGUAGAUAUUGAUCUGCACAUUGAUGUCAGCUUUCUGGAUGAGGAGAUUGCUGUGGCUUGGGAAGUGAUCCGAACAGAACCUAUUAUCGUCCGGUUGCACUGUUCACUGACACAGUAUUUAAAUGGCCCAGUGCCCACAGUCGACGUCUUUCAGAUUUCUACAAAAGAGCGAUUUGGAUUGGGACAUCAGCUGAAGAAGAUCAUGCAGACAUUCGUUACUCAGCAGUGGAAACAGAGCAAGGAAAAGUCCAGUUGCCUGCAUGGUAAGAAGCUGUCGGAGAAGAAGGUGAAGUCGCCUCUGCAUUUGUUUUCUACCUUGCGCAGGUCGCCCAGCUAUCCUCCCCCUGGUUGUGGCAAAAGCAAAUCCAAACUGAAAUCUGAACAAGACGGCAUCUCCAAAACACACAAGCUGUUGAGGAGGACUUGUUCCAGCACUGUCAAAGCUGAUGACGUGUGCGCCAAGUCGCACAGGACCUUCGGGCGCUCGCUGUCCAGCGACCCCAGGGCCGAGCAGGCGAUGUCUACCCUCAAAUCGCACAAACUCUUGGGCCGGCCCUGCCCCACAGCGGGCAAGCAGGAGGACUGCCUCACGCUCAAGUCGCAUAAAUUAUUGACUCGCUCUUGUUCUGGAGACCCGCGAUGUGAGCACAGCAGCAACUUGAAGCCCCACAAACUGCUAAGCAGGUCUUACUCCAGCAAUCUCAGAAUGGAAGAGUUAUACGGGCUGAAAAACCACAAAUUGCUCAGCAAGUCUUACUCCGGCGCCCCCAAGUCAUCGAAAACCGAGCAUUUCAAGGAACCCAACGCAGAGGGCAGGAGGCUCUCGCUUACCUCAGGGCUUAUCGGUAUUUUAACACCAUCAUCGUCUUCUUCCCAGCCUCCCACAAAUGGUGCAAAAUGCAUUCCAAUCCGAGACCGCGGCUUCCUGGUGCAGACAAUUGAGUUUGCCGAGCAGCGGAUCCCUGUGUUGAAUGAAUACUGUGUGGUUUGUGAUGAGCCACACGUGUUCCAGAAUGGCCCCAUGCUUCGGCCCACGGUGUGUGAGAGAGAGCUGUGUGUAUUUGCUUUCCAAACCCUGGGGGUAAUGAACGAAGCCGCUGAUGAGAUAGCAACUGGAGCUCAGGUGGUAGAUUUAUUGGUGUCCAUGUGUAGAUCUGCGUUGGAAUCUCCUAGAAAAGUCGUCAUUUUUGAGCCAUAUCCUUCUGUGGUAGAUCCUAACGACCCUCAGAUGUUGGCCUUCAACCCAAGGAAGAAGAACUAUGACCGAGUAAUGAAAGCUCUGGACAGCAUCACUUCCAUCAGAGAAAUGACACAGGCACCCUAUCUGGAAAUUAAGAAGCAGAUGGAUAAACAGGACCCCCUUGCUCAUCCGCUUCUGCAAUGGGUCAUCUCAAGUAAUAGGUCACAUAUCGUGAAACUGCCAGUUAACAGGCAACUGAAGUUCAUGCACACCCCACACCAGUUCCUCCUGCUCAGCAGCCCACCAGCCAAAGAGUCCAACUUCCGAGCCGCUAAAAAGCUCUUUGGGAGCACGUUCGCAUUUCAUGGCUCUCACAUUGAAAACUGGCACUCUAUCCUGAGGAAUGGUCUGGUGGUUGCCUCUAAUACGCGUCUGCAGCUCCACGGUGCGAUGUAUGGGAGCGGGAUCUACCUUAGCCCAAUGUCAAGCAUAUCGUUUGGUUACUCAGGGAUGAACAAGAAGCAGAAGGUGUCAACCAAGGACGAGCCAGCUUCAAGUAGUAAAGGCAGCAAUGCAUCACAGUCUCAGAAGAAAGGACAGCAGUCGCAGUUCCUGCAAAGCCGUAACUUGAAAUGCAUAGCCUUAUGUGAAGUGAUCACGUCACCUGACCUGCACAAACAUGGAGAGAUAUGGGUUGUCCCAAACACGGAUCACGUCUGCACACGAUUCUUUUUCGUCUAUGAGGACGGCCAGGUGGGCGACGCCAAUAUCAACACGCAGGAAGGAGGGAUUCACAAAGAGAUCCUCCGAGUCAUCGGUAAUCAGACGGCUACCGGCUAGAGAACACCGCUGGGCAGGGUUUGACAGCUUCCUCGGGUUCAGAGCUGGAUUUUGAACUGAAGAAGAUGAUGAAAAAAUAAUUUAUUGUUAUUAUAAACAAAAUUAACCCUUUGAAUACCAAUUUUUCUUUUCUUAGUAUUUCUAAAUAUUUCAUUAAAUACCUAAAACGGUUUAAGACUUACCAAUUGUAGGGUUAUGAAAUCUAGUAAUAAACGUUAAACAGCACUGAAACUCAAGUUUGGGUUGCGUAUACAAUAAACAGAUUGAAAAAAAAACACUUUUGCGCUGAUGAUAUUUUUAUAUUAAAUUCUUUAAUUGGACAUUUGGUAUUAUGUACUGCUGUUUUAGGGUACUGCAAUAGAAUUGAGGUCAUCUUAUAGUGGCUUUUAAAUCUACCAGACAGUCCACAAUAAGUACAAGGCCUGCACGUUGUGGUGUGUUCAGUAUGAGUCACACGAACAUUUGAAGGCUGUGGGAGGCAUAGUCCUCUUCUCACGGUUUCCCUUCUAAGACAGCAGUGAGGGUCCGAGGCAGUGCCAUGCCAGAAGGCAUGCAGGACACUCGUCUGCGGAUUUCACGUGUCAGAAUGUGCGACUGUGCAUAUGCAUGCUUGUUCACACAUGGAUUUUGACAACGGAUGGGUAGCUUCAUCGUGCUGCCACGUAAAGAGCAAAACUCACAACCAAUAAGCAGUAAGUUUGGUCCUAAACCACGAUAUGAGCCAAAUUUGCUAUAGUUCAUUCACACACACACACAUACAUUCGCAGACCCAUUUUUUUUUCAGUUAUUUGAAGCAAUAUCCCAUUGGUUAAUAUAACUAAUUUAAAAUGUUAUCUGAAAUUCAACUCAGAAAAGGCAAUGUCCCUGGUGAUUUAAAUCUGUGUUUACAUACUCAUCUGAUUAAAAGUAAGUGGGGGGGGCACAGAAUUAAGAAACAGAAAGUGCACAUUUUUAUUUCUUCCAAUGAAGUUUUUUUUGUACCAUAUCUGUAUUUUUAUAUUUUUCAUCUGCUACCUCUGCUAAUUUUUUUCAUAUUGAGAAAGAAGAUAAACUGUCUAGCUUCUUUUACAUUAAAAGAACACAAGCUUACAGAAAGAAGCUCACCCCAUCUUUCAGCUCUUCUUUGACUCAUGUGCUCAUCAAAUCCUUUCUGUUCCUUUGAGUCUUAGGGUCAUAGGCAUUUCAAGUUUUAACUGUCAGUGUUUAUUUUGCUGUUGGAAUCAGGGCAUUCAUGAAAGCGGUUUAAUUAGUGAGUCUGCCACUCUAUUCAAAUCCUGAGUCACGGCUUAUAUCUGAUUUUAAUUUAUGUAAACAGGAAAAAAUACAAGCGUGUCAUCAUUUGCAAGUGUGGUGUGAUAAUUUGCGUGUUUAUUUCCUUUGGCAUAAAAGGUGAGAGAUGGGCCAUGCAUAUUGUCAGGGGUUACAGUUUAGGAAGAUUUUACUGAUAUUUGUUUUUCUUCUAUUGUAAAUAAUUGAAAUGCUAGUACUUCUACAAAAAUACAAAAUUGAAGAGGUUAAGAUUCUAAUCAGCUUCAUAGUGUCUACUUAAAGAAGCAUCAGCCUGUUCUGACUUGUGCCUCUGAACUAUGGAGUAACAUUAGCCUGGUAGAGCGUUUAUUGAGUGGUCAGUGACCAGGUAUUUGAAGGCUUGUGUGCGACGAGAAUACCAUUGCUUCUUUCUACCGGAUCUCCUAAGUCAUUGUAACAAUAUUUUGAGAUCUUUUCUAGGCAACAACAACACAAAGAAAUAAUUUUGUGGGACAUUCUACACACGAUAAAAAUAGAAAGAUGUAACUUCUAAGUUUAACAGGGGGGAUGUCUUAGAAUCCCCUCCUAUUAGGCCGUCUGUGAGGAACCUCCAGGAAGGCUGGAGAAUGCUUUCUAGCUUAAUUGGAAAACUGCUGACCUGAUGAAUUAUGCCUUUGCUUAAUAGGUGGGUGAUCUGUAAGGAGUGGAGCCCUAGAAUCUGAAGGGUCACCUGUGCUUGUACUCAAGGGAGAUAAUUUAGAGGAGGGAAAACUGGCAUCAAAAACUUCUACUGCCAAUUUAAGAGUACAAGAAAAUUUCCCUAUCCAAGUAGAAAAGUAAAUGGUAGUUUGAUACCCACUAAAAACACAUAGUGAUAGGCGUUUUUAUGACAAUUAAAUGAGAUGUCUUAUAAUGAUCAUCAAGUUGUAUUACUUUCCCAGAAUUAGUGCCCAAAAGUUGCAUCAGAACUUUUAUAAGCACAUAUUCUAAAAAGAAUAAACUUUUGUUAACAUUUUGAAAUUGGAACUGCUAUGAUACACUAAUGAAAAUGCUUAUAUUUCUAAAGGAUCUAAUUUCUACUAAUACCAUUAAGAUGUGAAUAUCUUACAUUCAAAACUCAAGCAGAUCUCUAAGAGAUUCAGUCACCACUAGCAUUCGAUGACUCAGCCUCCCAUUCUGGUAUUAGUGUUUGAUGAUUCUAGACAGUUGCGAUAGUAUUACAUAUUAAUAAUUAUUGGAAUCUACCCAUUGCCUUUUAUAACAGUAAUAUUAGUUCUGUUGUUAUUGAAACUCAUCAUUACUUUAUUAAGGAAGCUUCAUUCUUGAAGUAGAGUGUGAAGACAUUCUUUCCUGCAUGGCUGAUUUUAUGGAACCUUUCAUUAGGAAGAAGUCUUCCUCUUUCACUGAGGAAAUAACUUUCACGGAGAUGAAAUAACUGGAAAUGGGAGAGGAGGAGAGUGUAAUAAUACAGAAUUGAUCCUGUUCUGCAGAGUGUAUCAUGGUGAAGCACUUUGGUGUGCCCAGGAGUGAGUUAUGCUGCUGGUUCAUCUCAGCAGAUGUUGGGUUUGAAGCUUUUUACAUCCUAAACUUGAAUUGUAAGGCUGCCAUAUCCUUGGAGUUGUUGUGAACUACUGUAGGACAUGAAUCCAAAUUGCUAUGAAUCUUCCUGCUUGGGAAUUUCAAGAAUUUGCAGUAGAAAUCCCCCAGUUUUUCUCUCCUCUAUUGAAAGAAAGCAUGCAUUUAAUAUGGAAGUAUAAAAUUUUUAAAUUAAUAUCACUUGAAGAAUUUUAGCAGUACUUAUAACAUUUCAUUAAUCAUAAUUUGCUUCAGGGCAUGAGAUUUCAGAAAGCAUUCAGGAAAAACUCGCCCGCAACUUUCAUCAGAUAGUAAUUUAAUAUCAUUAAGAUAUUGCUCAACCUUGGAUCAUCUCUCACCCAAAUAAGUAAAGGUUUGACGGUAGCCUUUGAAGCACAUUAAAGAAACAUAAUAGCCUAAUGUCCUGCUGGAUUUUUCAUUCUAACACUACCUCAGCACGAAAGAGAGACUGCUUGUCAAGGCAAAUUGGUUUCCAGAAUAAGAAACAGAUACAGUUUUGCAAACACAAGUCAUCAAAUAAUUCAACAGUUAAGACCAUGGUAGACACAGACAUUGCCAACCGCUUCCCCACUCUGUAACGUAGGCAACAGUGAUUAACGACGUAGUUAACACUGAGGCGAGUUAUUUGAAGGAUUUAGUGGCAUGAGAAGUUAAUUAGUUCUCUGUAAAGUUCGUUUUCUACCUGGGCUGCUUUCAUGGCCAUUCACUUAAGAGUCACUAGCGGUUACCCACACGAAAGAGGUCAAAGCAAAACAACACAAGAUAAGCCCAACUGCUGUGCCAGAAUUCCAACCUGAAUAUUCAAAUAUUUUGACAAUUAAUGCCUACUAAAUUUUUGUCAGCUCACAUAUGAAUUGGUGUAUAUUAUUACCCAGUAAUUUUUUCCUUGGGAAUUUUGUACACACUAUGAAAUAUAGACUUAAGUUUUGAUAGGUCAAAAGUAUUUCAAGUAGCUUGUAGUCAAAACAUAUCCAUGAGUGUGAAAAAGCUUUGUUGAAGAAUAGAUUACAUUAUACAUUUACCAGCAAGUCAAUAAAAAAUAGUGCUUAUUUACAUAGUCAACAUAAUUUAAUGUUCUAAAAACAAUUUCUUCAAUCUGCCCAAUAUUUAAUGUAUCAUUUGAGAUUUUAAAAACUGCAGCCACUCCUUUAUGUAAACGUUAAGGUAUGCCUAUGUUUCCUUGACUAUCCAACCUUCUUUACAAUAAAUUUCUUGACUUUUGUGCACAGACUAGUAUUGCAACCUGCUAUUUAGCCUUUGGUGCCUUAGAGUUAUUAUAACUAUUUAACAAUAUGUACAUAAUGUAAAUACUGCCAAGAGAUCACUAAGGCCAAAUAUUUUCUCUAUUCCCUUUUUAUUGCACUUGCUUUCUAUUGCUCCUUCAGCCUCUUUUAUCCUGCUUUGUAAUAGUUCUAACAUUGUGGCCAAUGUAAAUGUUUACUUUCAAUAAAACUAAAUUUGUUCAACCAGUCUGUAUGUGGGCACUGUUUGGAAGACUUGGGGAGACACCCAUUAUUCCUGUUGGUAAAUCUUGCUUCUAAAAUUCUAUAUAUUGGAUGGUUCUCAA